AUGGCCACGGUUAUUGGAGAAGAAUUAAGGGAGUUGAAAACGAUGAUUCAAGGAAUUGUGCCAAAUAUUUUGGCAACAGACGAUUUCCAUUGGAACUUAACCUCAAAUGGAGUUUUUACGUUGUCUAGUGUUUCGCACUUGGUGUCUAAUGCAAAGGAUCUAGCUUGGCCAUCACCCAUUAUCAAGAUGUUGGAUGUCAUUUGGAAGACAACCAUUCCGGCAAAGAUCAAGAUUUUUUCUUGGAGAUUCCUCAUCAAUAGACUACCGCUAAAAGUUCAACUCGUCAAUAGAGGUGUGCCUAUUCUUACUUCCAUAGAUUGUCCUUUUUGCUCAAAUCAACCGGAAACUUUGGAUCAUCUUUUCUACCAAUGCCAUGUCACAAAGGUGGUGUGGAAUAGAAUUUAUAUGUGGUUGGGUAAUGAUGUUAAUCUUUCUCAUGAGGAUUUCAAGAACUUCGGGAGUAUUCAAGAAAAGGUGAAAAAAACCAACAUUAAAGUUACUCUAAAUACCAUAUGGAUAGCUUUAAUUUGGUGUACUUGGAAUAUGAGAAAUACAAUCAUUUUUGAUAACGGUAUCUUUAGCUUUGAUGAGGUGAUAUCAAAUAUCUUGUAUUUCUCAUGGAGAUGGGUUAGUAAUAAGGAACUUCCAAGUCGGAUUAAUUUUUAUGAUUGGUAUAAAUUGCCAUUACUUUGUAUCAAAACUUUCUAG